CAGUCGGCAGCCGGCAGGAAGGAAGCGUGGGUCUCGGUCUACUCGAACUCUUUUCACCGUCGAUAACUCGAUAACUUUGUAAUUCGAUAACUCGACGGUCACCGAACUCCAGUCGACAUGACCAGCGAAUUUCUCGGAAAGAAGUACAAGCUCUUCAGCAGCGAGAACUUCGACGACUUCAUGAAGGCUCUGGGCGUGGGCAUGGUGGUGAGGAAGAUGGGCGCCACCGUGAGUCCGGUCGUCGAGCUGACCGAGAACAGCGGGGAGUACACCCUCAAGACCUCGAGUGCCUUCAAGAAUACCGAGAUUAAGUUCAAGCCCGGCGAGGAAUUCGACGAGGAGACUCCCGAUGGCCGCAAGGUCAAGAGCGUCAUUACUCUCGAAGGGAAUAAAUUGAUACAAGUGCAGAAGGGCGACAAGGAGACGACCAUCGAGCGGGAGUUCACCCCUACGGAAAUGAAGGCCGUGAUGAAGGUGGACGACAUCGUUUGUACACGGGUCUACAAGGUCCAGGAAUAAAAUAAUCCGCGGCGGAACCAUGCUGCAAGUGUUUUCUUUCUGCAAGUCAUAUUGAUACUUCCUCUCAGUCGUGGAUAUGGUGGAAGAGAUCAUUCCAAUAAUGCUCGGACGUGCCUCGGGCCAAGAGAGGACGCACCGUGACACAUCAUCGCACCUUUGUACGUCUGUAUGUUUGGUGACUUUCAGCGUUCCAUGUACUCUCAUUUUUGCAUCCUAUUGACGAUAAGGGUUAUGUAUGAAGAAUUUCAUAAAAUAAAGUUUAUUUAAAUGAA